AUGAUCAUCAAGACCUGUGGGACCACCACCCUGCUUGCUGCACUCCCUCAUGUAUUCACAAUUGCUCACAAGUAUUGUGGAUACGAAAGACCUCUUAUUUGCUUUUACUCGAGAAAGGCUUUCUUGUUUCCUGAAUUGCAAUACGAGCCUCAUCGAAGCUGGAAAGAAGAAAUAGGUUUCAUGGACAUGGUUUUUGAAAAGCGCGGCCAAGUAUUCACAAUGGGAGACACCAAUAGCAAUGCGUGGUAUCUUUAUGUGAUGACAGGAGGAUCUCAUGAUACGCUCAAUGCAGCAUCCACGCUUGAUGAUGAGACAUUGGAGAUAUUAAUGUCGGACCUUGACCCUGGUAUUGCAAGAGACUUUUACUGUGACAAUGGCAAGAUCACUGGAUCAGAAGGUGGCAUGCAAGUAAGCGAAAAAACAGGUAUCCUGAAAUUGUAUCCAAAUGCCAAGAUGGAUUCGUUCCAAUUUGAACCUUGUGGCUAUUCUGCAAAUGGGCUAGUGGAAGAUGGCUACUUUACAAUACAUGUUACCCCAGAGCGUGGGUGGUCUUUUGCCUCGUUUGAAACAAACAUUCCUGCAACACGCUCACAUGGCGAUCACCACCACCAGCAAGCCAUUGCAAACAAAACAACGUCAACAGCCUCACCCACAUUGAUCCGUCAUGUAAUUGAUAUCUUUCAACCUGGAUCUUUUACAAUCAUUUUGCUUUCUUCAUCAUCCAAGUUGGAAAUGCUUGAUGAUAUCUACCAGGGUUACGAACGUCUCGUCCACGUUUAUCGCAGCUUUGAUCAUUACAACCUUGUCUUUGUGCAAUACGAAAGGAUCAUUGAUAGUAAUCAUAGCGAAUAA